AUGCUUUCUCCGUCGGUCCUCGUCUUGUCCGCUCUGACAGCAGUGUCAGCAGCUCCUACAUCUCUCGUAGAGGGAAGACAGGCUGCCUUUGAGGUCACCGAACAGCAGCCAUGGAAUGCUGGAGCUGUCACUGAGUUCCGAAUCCACCCCAGCUGCAACGCCUCACAAGCACACCAGCUUCGUCAGGGUCUCAACGAUGCGGUGGAGCUCGCUCAGCAUGCCAAAGAUCACGUCAACCGCUGGGGAAGCAGCAGCGAGUUCUACCGCAAGUACUUCGGAAACGCUCCUACGCCUGAGGUCAUUGGUGCUUUCGACACGAUUGUGAACGGCAACAAGGCAAACGCCCUCUUCCGCUGUGACGAUCCUGACGGGAACUGCCAAAAUAUGCCCACUUGGGCCGGUCACUGGCGUGGAGACAACGCAACUGAUGAGACAGUCAUUUGCCCUACCUCCUUCUUUGAGCGCCGCCCACUUUCAACACUUUGUGCGCGAGGCUACAACGUCAGGGAACACUCUCGCUUGGUCUACUGGGGUUCUGAUCUGCUGCACCGUCUUUUCCACGUACCCGCGUUUGGCCAGGAAUACAUCGACCAUUAUUCCGAGGGAUAUGAAGGCAUCAUCGAGUCUGCCGCCAACAACAGCCCAAACAGCACGCACGACUCCGACGGGCUGCAGUACUUUGCCCUGGACGUCUACGCGUACGACAUCAUCCUCCCCGGCGAGGGCUGUCCCGGCCCAAGCGGUCCCCCGAGCACAGAGACGAGCUCGGCUCCGGCGACCUCGUCGACGGAUGCUUCUUCGGCCACCCCCAGUGCGACAAGUACCGCAACAGCAACCAGUGCGGAAUCAGCUGCCUCGGAAACUGCGCUGCCAGAUAACUGCCACACGCACUCUGACGGCGCCGUCCACUGCACUUAA